AUGCAUCGUCUUUUUGCUGAGCUGGAGCAGACCGAGUUCGGUAUAUCUUGCGCUUUUGAUGUUGCCGAACUCGAACGGCUACGACGUGAGGCUGUUCCAUCAUCGGAUGAAAAUGCUAAGGCAGAGGAUGCGGCGUCACAAAUUGCAGAGCAACCGGCAAACAUGGAGGCCGCCGUGAAUACCCCAUUUGUGGUUGAUUCAAACGAUGGUGUAACAGUCGCCCAGGAACUGGAAUUAGAGCAUAUGAGGAGUAGUAGUAGUAGAAGAGGCGUUUGUGGAAACGGCCAGUACGCCUUUCGAAAAUUGACCGCGACUUCCCCGCAUAGCCCUAAGCAAGCGGAAUCGAGCUGUCAUGAGGGUUCUGAACCCAAUGCUGGUGACCUAGUUGGAAGCCAGCCGGUACCUUUGCGAGACGAACUCAAUUAUUUUUGGCGCCGCACUGGCAGUAUGCCGUAUAAUAGACGCCAAACUUUCCACGGCUGGACGCGCUAG